UCUUUCUUAAACUUACACUAAUUUUUUUCUUGUAAGCUUAUAAGUCCGUUUUUCCGAAAUUCUACGAAGUUUAGCCUGUGUACAUUGGUUGAUUGAUGCUAAUUGCUAUGUGAGACUCUUAGUUUAAUAUUUCUCUUUAUAUUUUAUUUUCCGUAGUGUAAUUUUAAUAGAUCUCAUCGUUUCUGAUAGUAUUCAGUUAGCUAUAAAUUAAUGAAUGAAUCAAAAGUAGUUGUUGUUUUGUCCUUAUGUUUCUCUUAGAUUCUGAUAUCAGAUCCAAAAAUCGAGAAGGAAGAUUCUUAUGACAUAAAAAAAAGUUGUACUGCUGUCUAAAUCGGUCUAGAGCAUUUCUUACUUUAUAAAAAAGAAAGACGUCUUUCUUUUUAUCUUAUUGAGUCAGCAUUGAAUUCUUUUUACAUUAUUGAGUCAAUCAGUGCAUUCUUUUUACAUGAGUCACAUUGCUUUCUUUUUACAUUAUUGUUUCAAUCAGUGCAUUCUCUUCAAUUCUCCAUAAUGCCUUCUUCACUUCCCAUGGGAUUUCAGUAUUCUAAAAUGAUAAUAUUAUAAUUAAAUGUUAUUUUUUUGUUGUAAUUUUAUGAACUAUCUAAAUGUGAAACUAAAAAAAAAAACCCUUGUACAGAUAUUUUUAUUAAAUAAUAGAACUCUAUUUUUGGUUAGUAAGUAAAAUAUAAUUAUUGUAAUUGUUGAGUUGUGGAAUAUUUUUUCCUGGCUCUUGAGUUGGGGUGUGAUGGUUGAUGGAAGGACUUGGAGGGAUGGAGAGCCUUGAAUGUAAGACGACCUGAUUGUAUGAAGCAUGUAACCCUUGUGUUCUUUAUUAUUAUCGCAUCAGUUACAUGUUUGUGUGUGUGUUGAUCGUAAUCAUAAGCAUUAAUGUACAUGAACUAUAAUUAUACAAAAGAGGUUUCGAAAAAUAAAUUUAUUAGGCUUAGAUGAAAUAUUUUCUUCUCAAAUUUGUAUUUUUCGGGAUGGUUAUUUUGAUGGAUUUGAUUUUGUUAUAAUGCAAAUGACUUAAAGAGGGUGUGGAUGAGAAAUUGGUGUUGGUUGCAAAAUGCUUUACAUAGUCAUUACAUUCUUAGACCCAAAUCGUCAUAUCCGUGUAUUUCAUGGAUGGCUACUCUAUCUGAUUCCAUCAUUUUGUUCUUUUUUAGAAUUAUAUCACAUAAUUUGAUGACCAAAAAAUAUCAGAAUAUUGGAAAAGAUAUUAAUAUUAAAUACAAAUUUUCAAUACUUGCAAGUCUUUGAAGGUUUACUUUGGGCCAAUUUAAAUUUCAUGGAAAGUAAGUGUUGUAUGCCCCAUGCAAAUAGGCCACCAAUUUGAGUACAUCCACUUUAACAAUUCAUUCACAGUUAUCACUAUAUAAACCUUAAUCUUCAUAGGGACAUCUUGGUACAUACAUCAACACAAACAAAAAUCUGUAUUACCAUGAUGCAUCCUUGUGUUUUUAUAAUUUUUUCACUUGUCUUGCUACGCCUUCAGAAUACAACUGCCAACCAAUUGUUAGCAGUGGAAGGAGGAGGAGGAGAUGAUAAAUGUGCUGCAAAAAAGUGUUUGGAUAAGGAGAGGGAUGCUCUCCUUCAAUUCAAAGCAAACCUUCAAGACCCUGAUGGUAGUCUCUCUACGUGGAGACCUGAAGAUGAUGACUGCUGUGCAUGGGAAGGAGUCAUAUGUGACGACCAAACAGGUCAUCAUGUCACAGGGCUUCAUAUUCCCUCCGCUGGUCUUGAAGGUGAGAUUAGCCAUUCGUUGGUUAACUUAACCUACUUGAAUCGUCUUCAUCUUUCCUUCAAUUCUUUUCAUGGAACCAUUCCCAGGUCCAUUGGUUUCAUGACCGAAUUAAGGUACCUUGACCUUUCCUACAACUCCUUUUAUGGAACCAUUCCUCCAGAGUUUGGAAACCUCACCAACUUGCAGCGGCUUUCCCUUGAAGAUGUUGGAAUAUGUAGAAGUGAAAGCCUAGAAUGGUUGUCCCAUCUAUCUCAUUUGGAGGAACUUGCUAUGGGUGGGAUUUCCCUUGCCAAAGCAAACCAGUUGGUAAAUAUGAUUUCGACUCUCCCAAAACUAUCAUUUUUAAGUUUAGAUGGAUGUGAGCUCUCACUGGUCGUGCAUCCAUAUUCUUCUUCAUUUCUCAACUCUUCUUCUUCAUCUAUUCAUACCCUUUCUCUCAGAAACAAUAAUCUCACCUCAUCCAUGUAUCGUUGGUUGUUUCCCUUAACAAGUAAUAAGCUUCGUUUUCUUUCUCUCUCUGGGAACAUGUUAGAUGGGUUACCCAAAUAUCUUGGUAACCUCUGUAGUUUGGAAGGUUUGUACUUCAAUUAUAACUCUGAUGUUGUCAACUUUCCUUCUUUUCUGUACAACUUGUCUGGAUGCACAUCACUUACAUUACAAAGCUUGUAUGCUGAAAGAAGCCAAUUUACAGGGUCUUUCUCUGAUGACAUCCAAAAGUUUAGUUCCCUUAUAAGAUUGCUCCUAGCAGAUAAUCACAUAAAUGGAACCAUAAGCAAGAAAUUUUGGGAACUAUCCAACCUUAAACAUAUUGACCUUUCUCAAAAUCAUCUUAGUGGUGCCAUCUUUGAAAACAUUGGAAACUCGAUGGCUUCUAUUAUAAAUCUUUCAAAAAACCCACUCCAAGGAGUUCCUUCCACAGAUCAUAUGUCAAACCUUUCUUAUGUAAAGCAGCUUGAUCUGAGCUCUUGCAACCUAGGGCCUCACUUCCGCAGAUGGAUUCAAAAACUGGAAAAACUAACCCGUCUUGAUAUUUCUAAUACUAGAAUUUCAGACACAGUUCCUCCAGAAUUUUGGAACAUGCAAUUUAGAUAUUUGAAUAUCUCUUUCAACAACAUCAGUGGGCAAGUAUCAGAUUUAUCAUCAAGAGAUUUUGCCAAAACGAUAGAUUUGAGUUCUAACAGCUUUUACGGUCCAAUACCGCAUCUUCCUCCCUGUUUGGCAUCAUUAAAUCUUUCAAGAAACAAAUUCUCUGGAGGAAUCUCCUUCAUAUGCCAAUUUGUCGAUGGGCUUUUACAAUUUCUUGACCUCUCCCAUAAUUCUCUAAUCGGACAAAUUCCAGACUGUUUGUGGCAUUUCAAAGAACUAAAAGUUCUCAAUCUAGGUCACAACAGUCUAUCCGGAAGGCUUCCUCCCUCUAUUGGAUCUUUAAUAGAACUCGAGGUGUUGUAUUUAUACAAGAACAGCUUCUCUGGACAAUUGCCUUUGUCUCUAAAGAAUUGCACCAACUUAAACUUCUUGGAUUUGGGGGCCAACAGAUUCUCUGGCAACUUGCCUGCUUGGAUUGGGGAAAACUUAUCGGGGUUGUAUGCUCUUAUCCUAAGAUCAAACAACUUCUUUGGAACCAUCCCUUUACAAGUAUGUCAAUUACCGAACCUUCAAAUUUUAGACUUUUCGAGGAACAAUCUCCAUGGAAGCAUCCCCUCGUGUUUGAGUAAUCUUACAAGAAUGGCUCAAGAAGGACUCUUACCGCCACCAAACGUGCAUCCCUAUACAGCUCCAUCAUAUUCACAUCGAUAUCUUUCAUAUACACCUAAAAUGUACAAUGGCACUAGAGAGGAGUAUGAUGAAGAGGAGUAUGUUGACCAUGCGAUGAUCGAGUGGCAAGGAGACGAGCGUGAAUUCACCCGUAAUCUGGGAUUGUUGAAGAGCAUUGACCUGUCAAGCAACAAUUUAACAGGAAACAUCCCACAUGAACUCACCAAUCUUCAUGAACUGCUUGCCUUGAACUUGUCAAAGAACGCUCUACUUGGAGAGAUUCCACAGCAACUUGGUGAGAUGAAAAAUCUUUUAGCUUUGGAUUUAUCUAGAAAUAGUUUAUCAGGAGGGAUACCAACCAGCAUGUCUCAGAUGACGUCAUUGUGUUACCUAGACGUGUCGUGUAAUAACUUGUCAGGGAGAAUCCCAUCCAGCACUCAACUCCAAUCCUUUCAACCUUCAAGAUACGAUGGAAAUGCAGGACUCUGUGGACCUCCCCUUUCCAGAAAAUGUCCAGGAGAUGAAGAAUCACAAUUUGGUAAAAGUGAGGGUGAUGAGGAAGACAUAGAUGAAGAUUGGGGGUGGUUCUAUAUUGGAGGGGGAACUGGUUUUGCUACUGGAUUUUGGAUAGCAUGUGGGGCUCUACUUCUCAACCGUCGUGGGAGGCAUGCAUUUUUUCAGUUUUAUGAUAACUUCAAAGAUUGGGUUUAUGUGAAGGUGGUGGUGUUCAUUGCAAAAUUGUGGUGGAUUGCACAUAUGUAGUUGUCUAUAUUUAAUUCUUCUUUCCCGUUAUGUAUGUUGCUUCACAAAACCUAUUACUGUUCUUAUUUUAGGACUAGAGGUAUAUAGUAAUGUUAGACCAUGUUUCACUUAUACUUGGCAGGGGUUUUUAAGUCCCAUUUAUGAAUAAAAUUACCAUCAACACCAUGGGUGGCAAUUUCCCGUUGUGUGGAAUGCGAUAUUUUGUAAA